AUGGGGAUCUCAGAUCUGCAGGCGGCGAGCAGAGGCGGUGUCGGGGCGGCACGAGCUUCGGGUUGCAGCUCCGACAACGGAUUGACAGGGCGGCGGCGCUGCUCGCGGGGGCUGGCGGACGCGGUGGAGGCGGAUCGGUGGUGGUGCGGCCGCAGCGGCGCGGGGGCAGCGGUCGGCGAUUGCAACUGGCGAAGGUCGGCGGCGAAUCGGCGACGGCGGGGCAGCAGAAACGUCAGAUCGUCGCCAGAUCUGAGAGCUGCAGGCGACGGGACCGAUCUGUUGGGUCGACAGGCGCCGGGGCUCGCGAACGGAGAUGCGGCAGCGGCUUUCAUGUCCGAUUUUGGCAUAGCGAGACUCCUAGAUCCGGACUCUUCAUCCAAUUUCACUGCAACUAUUGUUGGUACGCAUGGAUACGUAGCACCAGCACCAGCACCCUCUAUUGAGUCAGAGGCAAGUGCACUUCUCCACAGCGGGUGGUGGCCUCCCUCCGUCACUAGCAACACCACCUCACCUCAUCGUGCAUGGCCUGGGGUAAGGUGCGACGCCUCUGGGAGCAUUGAAAGGAUUGUCUUGCCAUAUGAGUACCGAAUAGGAGGAGAUUUAAGACGUCUCGAGCAUCUAGAUUUGAGCUUGAACAACUUAGUUGGGAAAAUCCCUGUUGAACUUGAGAAACUGAGCUACUUGUACAGUCUGGACCUUCACAACAAUUCUCUUUCUGGCUCAAUUGCCACGUGUAAAUCAUUGUUUUCCCUAAAUAACCUCAACUUAUCAUACAAUCGAUUCAAGGGCCCAAUUCCAGAUAAUCUCAGUGCUGCUUUUCCUGAUACCGCUUUUCUUGGCAACAAAAAUUUGUACCAGUAUAGAAGAAGGUCCAGCACAAUUCAUUACAUGAUGAUCAUUCCGCUGCCUGCAACAUUCAUUUCCUGUAUAGUCAUCGUAUCUUGCUUCCGAUUUCGACGUUUCCUAUCUUGCUUCCGAUUUCAACGUGCAACAAAGAGCGUGCAACCUGAGACUACAAAGAAAGAUGGAAAUUUCUUAUCAAUAUGGAAUUAUGAUGGGAGGAUUGCAUAUGAAGACAUAAUCAAUGCAACGGAGGACUUCGACCUCAAAUAUUGCAUUGGGACUGGUGGUUAUGGUAGCGUCUAUAGAGUGCGAUUGCCCAAUGGGAAAGUCGUGGCAUUGAAGAAACUUCAUCGUCUUGAAGCACAGGAUCCAUCCUUCGACAAGAGUUUUCGGAAUGAAGUGAAACACUUGACAGAAGUAAGGCAUAGAAGCAUUAUCAAGCUCCAUGGUUUUUGCUUACACAGGCGAUGCAUGUUCUUGAUUUAUGAAUACAUGGAAAAUGGGAGUCUAUUCUGUGUUUUAAGAGAUGACGUCGAAGCAGUAGAAAUGGAUUGGUCUAAAAGAGUCGAUCUCGUCUGCGAUGUGGCACAUGCUUUGUCUUACAUGCACCAUGAUUGCACUCGGCCAAUUGUUCAUCGAGACAUAUCUAGCAACAACAUCUUAUUGAAUAGCAGAAUGCAAGCUUUUGUAUCAGAUUUUGGCACAGCAAGACUUCUGAAUCAUGAGUCCUCAUCUAACUUCACUGCAAAUAUUGCUGGCACCUAUGGAUACAUUGCACCAGAGCUCGCAUAUACUUUGGUUGUUAAUGAGAAAUGCGAUGUAUAUAGUUUUGGAGUGGUAGCCAUGGAAACAAUGAUGGGUCUAAUAAAAUGUGAAGAGAGUGACUCAGAACGAAGCCACAAGUUUGAUGCACGGAAGCAAAUUUUUGGCUUUAAAGUUCUGGCAACUAUCGGCCACAAAGAGGGCUCCACAAUUACUGAACUGCCAGGUGCUUUUGGACAAACAAAGGUCGAAACCAUUGGACUAUAA